UCUUCAAAAACACCCCUUCUAAAAUUUUAAGAAAAUGGAGGGAUGCUUUUUUCCAAUUUCUUUUGCAUUUUCCAUAGUUUUAUGGGCCCUUUUUUCUUCUUCUUAUUGUUUUCAAACGGUUAAUGGAAUUAGAUUUGUUAUAGAUCGUGAAGAAUGCUUCGCCCAUUCAGUUCCUGACGACGGCGACAACGUGCACGUGUCUUUUGUUGUGAUCAAAACGGACUCUCCGUGGAGUUCUAGUCAAGAUGGUGUCGAUCUUAUGGUGAAAGGUCCAUCUGGUGAUCAGAUUGUUGAUCUCCAAGAUAAGUCGAACGAGAAAUUUGAAUUUGUCGCUCACAAAAAGGGAUUUCACCGUUUUUGUUUCACCAAUAAGUCCCCUUAUCAUGAAACCGUCGAUUUUGACGUACACGUUGGCCAUUUUUUUCACUUUGAUGAUCACGCAAAAGAUGAGCAUUUGUACCCUUUAUUGGAACAAAUUUCAAGGCUGGAAGAAGCCCUUUACAGCAUACAAUUUGAGCAGCACUGGCUUGAAGCCCAGACUGAUCGCCAAGCAUUAGUGAACGAAGCGAUGAGCAGAAGGGCAAUUCACAAGGCGACCUUUGAGUUUGUUGCGCUAAUUGGGGCCAGCGUGCUCCAGGUCUACCUCCUGCGUCGCCUGUUUGAGCGAAAGCUUGGCACCUCAAGGGUUUAGAUUUUAUCAGCAUUAGCUAACACUUGUCAUUUACUAGUAGCUCGUUAGGUUGAGUUAAUGUGAGUUUUAGGGACUAGUUAGCAUCCCUGCAUCUCAAAAUGCUAAGGUUUUAUGUGCACGGGUUGCAGCUAGCUUGGUAUUCAUUCAACGCAGUGCUUUCUUAAAAGUGGAAUUAGAUCUUUUGCUGUGUAUUUGCUUUGUGCCUCAAAGACUGACCAUUAUUAUAAUUUUUU